AUGGCAAUAUCUGUUUCUAUGUCGCACCGGUAUAACGAUGGUUACCUCCAGGAUCGGUCUGCAAAAUCAGUUGAGGGCCUACGACUCAAGCUAUCAACUGUUGUUUCAUAUCUAUUUAUCUACUGUGCUUUCAAACCUAUCUACCUAUUCAUAUCUAUCUAUCUAUCUUGUACAGCCUUCUUAUAUCUAUCUACUGCCAUUUUAUAUUCCUAUCUAUCUACCUAUUCAUAUCUAUCUACUAAACCGACCAAUCAUAACUAUCAAUCUGUGUGCCUUUUCAUAAAUAUCUAUCUAUCCAUCUAUCCUAUACUGCUUUUUAUAUCUAUCUACUGCCAUUUCAUAUCUAUCUAUCUACUGCCAUUUCAAAACUGUCUGUCAUCUUUUAUCUUUAUAUCUACAAAUCAAUUCAAAAUCAAUCAGUAUCUAUCUGUUGUUUCAUAUCUAUCAUCUAUUUAUCCAUCCUAUACUGCUUUUUAUAUGAAUCUAUUAUCUAAAUUAUCUAUUUAA